AUGGAACACUACGCAAAGGCAGAGCUUGUGCUGCACGGCGGCGAGCGCUUCGAGGGCUACUCCUUCGGCUAUGAGGAGAGCGUCGCGGGCGAGGUGGUCUUCGCGACGGGCAUGGUCGGUUACCCGGAAAGUCUGAGCGACCCGUCGUACCACGGCCAGAUUCUCGUGCUGACGUCGCCGAUGGUGGGCAAUUACGGCGUGCCGCGGGUCGAGGAGGACCUCUUCGGGGUGACCAAGUACUUUGAGAGCACGGACGGCCAGAUCCACGUGAGUGCCGUCGUGGUGCAGGAGUACUGCGACCAGCCCGACCACUGGGAGAUGUACGAAACGCUCGGCGCGUGGCUGCGCAAGAACAAGGUUCCUGGCAUGAUGAUGGUGGAUACCCGCAGCAUUGUGCUGAAGCUGCGGGACAUGGGUACAGCACUCGGCAAGGUGCUCGUGGCCGGUAACGAUGUGCCCUUUAUGGACCCGAACACCCGCAACCUGGUGGCGGAGGUGAGCACCAAGACGCGCGUCACGCACGGCCACGGCACGCUGCGCAUCCUCGUGAUCGAUAUGGGGGUGAAGUUGAACACGCUGCGCUGCCUGCUGAAGCACGACGUUACCCUGAUCGUUGUCCCGCACGACUGGGAUAUCACGACGGAGGUGUACGACGGCCUGUUCAUCACCAACGGCCCUGGUAACCCGCAGAUGUGCACGAGCACCAUCCGCAGCGUGCGCUGGGCCCUUCAGCAGGACAAGCCGAUCUUCGGUAUCUGCAUGGGCAACCAGAUGCUCUGCCUCGCCGCUGGCGGAACGACUUACAAGAUGAAGUACGGUCACCGCGGCCAGAACCAGCCGUGCAAGUGCAACAUCGACGAUCGCGUCGUCAUCACGACGCAGAACCACGGCUUUGCCGUUGACUUCAAGACACUUCCGUCGGACGAGUGGGAGGAGUACUUCACGAACUCGAACGACGGCAGCAACGAGGGGCUGUGGCACAAGACGAAGCCGUUCUGCAGUGUCCAGUUCCACCCAGAGGGCCGCUGCGGCCCACAGGACACGGAGUACCUCUUCAGCGAGUACGUGUGCCGCGUGAAGGAGUCGAAGGUGAAGGAGGUGGCGAAGUUCAAGCCGCGCAAAGUGCUGGUACUCGGCGCCGGUGGCAUCGUCAUCGCGCAGGCCGGCGAGUUCGACUACAGCGGCUCGCAGUGCCUCAAGUCGCUGCGCGAGGAGGGCAUGGAGACGGUGCUCAUCAACCCGAACAUCGCGACGGUGCAGACGGAUGACGAGAUGGCCGACCACAUCUACUUUGUGCCGCUCACAGUGGAAGCGGUGGAGCGCGUGAUCGAGAAGGAGCGGCCGGACGGCAUUCUACUCGGCUGGGGCGGCCAGACGGCGCUCAACUGCGGUGUAAAGCUCGACGAACUCGGCGUCUUGAAGAAGUACAACGUGCAGGUGCUCGGCACGCCCGUGUCCGUCAUCGCCGUGACGGAGGAUCGCGAGCUAUUCCGCGACACUCUGCUGCAGAUCAACGAGCAGGUGGCCAAGUCGGCGGCGGUGACGUCCGUGGAGGAGGCGGUGGUGGCGAGCAAGGACAUCGGCUUCCCGAUGAUGGUGCGCGCGGCCUACUGCCUUGGCGGGCAGGGCAGCGGCAUCGUCGAGAACAUGGCGGAGCUGCGCCACAAGGUCGAGGUGGCGCUGGCGGCGUCGCCGCAGGUGCUGCUGGAGGAGAGCGUGGCUGGCUGGAAGGAGAUCGAGUACGAGGUGGUGCGCGAUAUCUACGACAACUGCAUCACCGUGUGCAACAUGGAGAACUUCGACCCCAUGGGGGUUCACACGGGCGAGUCCAUCGUCGUUGCGCCAUCGCAGACGCUGAGCAACGACGAGUUCCACAUGCUGCGCAGCGCCUCCAUCAAGAUCAUCCGCCACCUCGGCAUCGUGGGCGAGUGCAACAUCCAGUACGGUCUCGACCCCUUCAGCCACCGCUACGUCGUCAUCGAGGUGAACGCUCGUCUGUCGCGCUCGUCGGCGUUGGCCUCCAAGGCCACCGGCUACCCGCUGGCCCACGUCGCCACCAAGAUCGCUCUGGGCAAGGGGCUUUUCGAGAUCACGAACGGGGUCACCAAGACGACGAUGGCGUGCUUCGAGCCCAGCAUGGACUAUAUUGCCGUCAAGAUGCCGCGCUGGGACCUCCACAAGUUCAACAUGGUGAGUGAAGAGAUCGGCUCCAUGAUGAAGAGCGUCGGCGAGGUCAUGUCCAUCGGCCGCACCUUCGAGGAGGCCCUGCAGAAGGCAAUUCGCAUGGUGGACCCGAGCUACACCGGCUUCUCCAUCCCCGAUCGCUUCGCCGGCGCCGACUUCGACUACAUGGAGCACAUCCGCCACCCGACGCCGUAUCGCCUGUUCGCCCUCUGCCGCGCCCUGCUCGACGGACACUCGGCCGAGGAGCUGUACCAGAUGACGAAGAUCACGCGCUUCUUCCUGUACAAGCUGGAGAAGCUCGUGCGUCUCUCCAAGGCCAUGUCCACGCUGUACGCAAACAGGCUCACCGAGAUGCCACGCGAGAACCUGCUGAGCAUGAAGGCGCACGGCUUCUCUGACCGGCAACUCGCCCAGCUCCUCAACACCACCGCCGCCGACGUGCGUGCGCGCCGUGUGGAGCUGAACGUGAUGCCGCUGAUCAAGCAGAUCGACACGGUUGCCGGCGAGUACCCGGCGGCGCAGUGUUGCUACCUCUACUCUACCUACAACGCCCAACGCGAUGAUGUGCCCUUCACGGAGCGCAUGUACGCCGUGCUCGGCUGCGGUGUCUACCGGAUCGGCAACAGCGUCGAGUUCGACUACGGCGGCGUCCUCGUGGCACGCGAGCUGCGCCGGCUCGGCAACAAGGUGAUCCUUAUCAACUACAAUCCCGAGACAGUGUCGACAGACUACGACGAGUGCGACCGCCUGUACUUUGACGAGGUGUCGGAGGAGACGGUGCUCGACAUCCUCACGAAGGAGCGCGUGCGCGGCGUCGUCAUCUCGCUGGGCGGCCAGAUUGUGCAGAACAUGGUCCUAAGCCUCAAGAAGAGUGGGCUGCCGAUUCUCGGCACUGACCCGGCGAACAUCGACAUGGCUGAGGACCGCAACAAGUUCUCGAAGAUGUGCGACGAACUCGGCGUGCCGCAGCCGGAGUGGAUCUCGGCCACGUCGGUUGAGCAGGUGCACGAGUUCUGCGACAGGGUCGGCUACCCUGCCCUGGUCCGUCCGAGCUACGUGCUGAGCGGGUCGGCCAUGGCUGUCAUUGCCAACAAGGAGGAUGUGACGCGCUACCUGAAGGAGGCCUCCUUUGUUUCUGGUGAGCACCCGGUGGUGGUGAGCAAGUACUACGAGGACGCCACAGAGUACGAUGUCGACAUCGUGGCCCACCACGGUCGCGUGCUGUGCUACGCCAUCUGCGAGCACGUCGAAAACGCCGGCGUGCACUCUGGCGAUGCGACGAUGUUUCUUCCCCCGCAGAACACCGACAAGGACACAAUGAAGCGUAUAUAUGACUCGGUCAACCGCAUCGCCGAGAAGCUCGACGUGGUGGGGCCGAUGAACGUGCAGUUCCUGCUGACGGCGGAGGGCCAGCUGCGGGUGAUUGAGGCGAACGUGCGCAGCUCCCGCUCCGUGCCAUUUGUGUCGAAGACGCUCGGGAUCUCUUUUCCGUCCGUGAUGGUGUCCGCCUUCCUGGCGCGCAAGGACCAGAACCUCGUGCCCAUCAAGCGCGCCAAGAUGACCCACAUCGGGUGCAAGGCCUCCAUGUUCAGCUUUAACCGCCUGGCCGGCGCGGACCCGAUCCUCGGCGUUGAGAUGGCCUCCACUGGUGAGAUCGGCGUCUUUGGCCGCGACAAGCACGAAGUAUUCCUCAAGGCAAUGCUGUGCCAGAACUUCAGGAUCCCGAAGAAGGGCGUAUUCUUUAGCAUUGACGUGGACAGCCAGACGGAGGCACUCUGCCCGUAUAUUCAGCACCUUGUGCGGCGUGGGCUGAAGGUGUACGGCACGGCCAACACGGCGGCGGUGCUACACGAGUACGGCAUCGAGUGCGAGGUGCUCCUCCAGCGCAGCGAGCUGCCGUCCGGCGACGCGUGCGAGAGCAACCGUCUCGCGGUGUACGACGAGGAAGUGGCCAAGAAGGAGAAGUUCGAUCUUGUGAUUCAGCUUCGCGACAAGCGGCGGGACUUUGUGCUGCGCCGCUGCACCCGCGAGACGGCCCCGCCGGACUACUGGGUGCGCCGGCUCGCCGUCGACUACAACAUUCCUCUGCUGACGGAGCCAAGCCUUGUCAAGAUGUUCUGUGAGUGCAUGGACCUGCCCGCGUCGUCCAUUGAGGUUGAGCCGUUCCGCCACUACGUGCCGAAGAUCUACCACAAGGUCGAGAACAACAACUGCGCCAUGCUGCGCUGCCACAAGGUUGGGCUGAUGAUUACGAACAACAACGAUAGCAAGGUGCUGGCGCUGCGUCUGAGCCAGGAGGGGCUCAACAUCACGUGCUUUCACGCCUACCUCGGUGGGUCGGACAUCGAUCACUUCGAGCAGGCUUUUCAGAGCCUGAACGUGCCGGUCGAGGUGGUCGACCUGCGCUCGGAGAUCGCGAACUCGGCGUUCGACCUCAUCAUGUGCCAGUCCGCCGACGAGCACCACAACUGGCAUCUCUCGAAACUUAGCUGGUACAUCUUCGGCAAGUACCUCAUCCCGGUGAUGCGCCAGCGUCGCAUGUCCGUGGUGGCGCAGACGUCGAAGCAGAACAAGAAGGAGGCGGGGUUCGAGAAGUACGUGCACGGCAACUGCCCGGAGAUGGGUGUCUACAACGCGUGGCGCGACGCGCGGCUGAUGGAGGAUUUUGAGACGGUGGCCGACCAGAUUAGCUUCCUCCGCAAAAACGGCAUCAAGGCGACGGUGAAGAGCAACGUCCAGGUGCACAGCUCCGUGUGCGGUAGCACGUACUACGGCGACGACAUGCGUAGCCUCCCGGCGCCGUCGCUGGUGAAGCCGGUGCGGGAAUGCAGCGUGACGCCCGAGUUCGUGUCCCUCACCUUCCGCAGUGCGCGCUGCGUGAACAUCAACGGCAUCGACGUAACGCCGCUGCUGGCACUGCAGAUGGCGAACGAGAUUGCCGGCCGCAACGGCGUUGGCAUCACCCGCACGCGCGACGGCGCCAUGUACGAGGCACCGGGGAUGAAUCUGCUCUCCGUCGGCCUGCAGUUUCUAUACGAUGUUUCCUUUGACCGCUCUGCCGCGGACCUGUUCCGCAUAUACUCGCGCCACGUGUCACAGAACAUCGGCGUUGGUCAGCUGUCAGAAAAGCACACACAGUCCGCCAUCGAGGCGGUGCGCUUCCUGACGAGCGACGUGAGCGGCGUGGUGGAGCUGGAGCUGCACCAGGGCGAGAUAAUUUUCUUGAAGCUGUCGCACGUGCAGAACCCGGUUAACCGUCGUGUUGCGCCGCAGCUGGUAACCGAGGAGGAGCUUGAGGAGGUCUUCCAGCCCGGCAACGGCUCCUUCAGCGACGUACAGUGGUAG